ACUCAUUAACAUGUAUUUUGGACAGCCUGCAUACUAUGGGGACUUGAAUCAUGGGCAAUGCUGCAUCUUGCCUCUGUGUUUGCUACUUCAACUGCCUUGCUUCUAUGCUAGUUAUCACCCUCUUGGUUUUAUAGCUGACAUAGCCAUUGCUACAGAAAAAUGUUCAUUGGUGGACUCAAUUGGGAGACAACUGAUCAAUCGCUUAACGACUAUUUCUCGCAAUUCGGCGAAGUUCAAGAAUGUACCGUAAUGAGAGACAGCGCUACCGGCCGCUCACGAGGCUUCGGCUUUUUGACGUUCAAGGAUCCGAAGACAGUCAAUACGGUUAUGGUGAAGGAGCAUUUCCUAGAUGGCAAGAUUAUUGAUCCCAAACGUGCUAUUCCCCGAGACGAACAAGAAAAGACGGCCAAAAUCUUCGUGGGCGGAGUGAGCCAAGAAGCGAGCGAGGACGACUUCGAAGGCUUCUUCGCCCAGUUUGGUAGAGUCGUCGAUGCCACAUUGAUGAUGGACAAAGAUACCGGUAGGCCACGUGGCUUCGGCUUUGUUACGUUCGACAGCGACGCGGCGGUGGAGAAGUGCUUGAUGUAUCAACCCUUGGAGAUCUUGGGCAAGCAAAUCGAAGUCAAGCGGGCACAACCCCGCGGCAAGAUGGGCGAGGAGGACGACUUUUCUCGGCGUGGUGGAAGAGGAAAGUUUGGUCGAGAUGACCGCUUCGGCAUCGACAACAACCAAGCUGCACCUGCUGCUCCCAGUCAAGGUGGCAAUAUGAUGGCAGGAAACAACAACGGCAUGACACCACAAAUGAUGGCACAGUACUGGCAACGCAUGCAACAGUACUUUGCGAUGAUGCAGCAACAGAUGAUGGGGAACAUGAUGGGAGGUAUGGGCAACAUGGGUCAGAUGGGUAUGGGCCAGAUGACGCCGCAAAUGAUGAUGCAAAUGCAGCAGAUGCAGAAGAUGCAGGGAGGCGGUAGUCCAAAUCCGCAAAGUCCUGGUAACAUGGGCAACAUGCAAGGCAUGAAUCCUCAGAUGAUGCAACAAAUGAUGCAGAUGCAGCAGCAAGGUGGAAUGAACCCAAUGAUGGGAGGAGGCAAUCGUCCACCUAUGGGACCGGCAGCGAUGGGAGGAAGCGGCGGCGGCACUCGACCUGGCUUCUCUCCACAAGAUCAACUCGCCUUCGAGCAACAGAAGUACGAACAGCAAGCUCGUCGACAGGGCAAUUUUCCCCAGGGGCCAAAGGGACAACAAGGCUUCCAGAACCAAGGUGGUCCACAGUCCUGGGAGGGUAUGUACGACGAUGUCCCACAGCCUGAUGGCGGACGAGGAUCUGCUGGGCCGGUCCGACAACACACACCAAAACCCCCCAAGGGUCCCAGCGGUGGUACACCCCAACCGAGUGCAGCUCCUGCAAACGCGCCCACUGGUCCCAAGAACGCGGGCAGGGGAGGUGGGAACUUCAACUUUCGCGGCAGAGGUGGUGGUCGAUUUCAUCCGUAUGGGAGGUGAUGUUACCUCACCACAUCUAUUGUCUUCAUGCCUUCGUCCGUGGUCGACACUGUGGCAGUGCUGGCCC